GGGCGAGCCGGUGCCUGCGCCCUCCGAACGGGCCGGGGGCGGGAUGUAGGGCGCUGGGCGCGGAGGCCGCCGGGGCGGCGGGGUGGGCGCGGAGGGCGCGCCGAGGAUGGAGAGAGCGAUGGAGCAGCUCAACCGCCUGACGCGCUCGCUGCGGCGCGCGCGCACCGUCGAGCUGCCCGAGGAUAACGAAACUGCUGUUUAUACAUUAAUGCCAAUGGUUAUGGCUGAUCAACACAGGUCUGUUUCUGAGCUACUAUCAAAUUCAAAGUUUGAUGUCAAUUAUGCAUUUGGACGUGUGAAAAGAAGCUUGCUUCACAUUGCAGCAAAUUGUGGAUCGGUGGAAUGCUUGGUCCUGCUAUUAAAGAAAGGAGCAAAUCCUAACUAUCAAGAUAUUUCAGGCUGUACACCUCUUCAUUUGGCAGCUAGAAAUGGGCAGAAGAAAUGCAUGAGUAAAUUAUUAGAAUACAGUGCUGAUGUCAACAUUUGUAAUAAUGAAGGCCUUACAGCAAUACACUGGCUGGCUGUGAAUGGGCGGACAGAACUACUCCAUGACCUUGUACAACAUGUCAGUGACGUCGAUGUUGAAGAUGCGAUGGGGCAGACAGCACUGCAUGUGGCCUGCCAGAACGGUCACAAGACGACAGUGCAGUGCUUGCUAGACAGUGGUGCUGAUAUUAACAGGCCAAAUGUAUCUGGAGCCACUCCACUGUACUUUGCUUGCAGUCAUGGUCAGAGAGACACAGCACAGAUUCUUCUGUUACGAGGAGCUAAGUAUCUGUCAGAUAAAAAUGGAGUAACGCCUCUGGAUUUAUGUGUACAGGGUGGCUAUGGAGAGACUUGUGAAGUAUUAAUUCAGUAUCACCCUAGGCUUUUCCAGACAAUUAUUCAAAUGACACAGAAUGAAGAUCUCCGAGAAAACAUGUUACGGCAAGUUCUGGAGCAUUUGUCUCAGCAAAGUGAAAGCCAGUACCUAAAGAUUCUAACAAGCCUUGCUGAAGUUGCCACAACAAAUGGGCAUAAACUGCUUAGCCUGUCUAGUAAUUAUGAUGCUCAAAUGAAGAGCCUUUUAAGGAUUGUGAGGAUAUUUUGUCAUGUCUUUCGAAUUGGUCCAUCCUCUCCCAGUAAUGGAAUCGAUUUGGGCUACAACGGGAAUAAAACUCCAAGAAGCCAGGUGUUCAAGCCUCUUGAAUUGCUUUGGCACUCAUUAGAUGAAUGGCUAGUUUUAAUAGCUACAGAACUGAUGAAAAACAAAAAGGACUCAACGGAUAUCACUUCUAUUUUACUGAAACAAAAAGGCCAGGAUCAAGAUGGUACUUCCAUUCCUCCAUUUGAACCUCCAGUACCUGGGAGCUAUGAAAAUCUAUCCACUGGCACAGGGGAAUCUAAACCAGAUGCUCUUGGAGGGAAACAGGAAGCCAGUGCAGACUGUCAGGAUGUUAUUUCUAUGACAGCUAACCGGCUAAGUGCUGUCAUUCAAGCUUUUUACAUGUGCUGUUCUUGUCAGAUGCCUCCAGGAAUGACUUCACCCCGUUUCAUUGAAUUUGUCUGCAAACAUGAUGAAGUUUUAAAAUGCUUUGUUAAUAGAAAUCCCAAAAUUAUAUUUGACCACUUUCACUUCCUCCUUGAAUGUCCUGAGUUGAUGUCAAGAUUCAUGCAUAUCAUAAAAGCACAGCCAUUUAAAGAUCGCUGUGAAUGGUUCUAUGAACACUUGCAUUCAGGACAACCAGAUUCAGACAUGGUGCACAGGCCAGUGAAUGAAAAUGAUAUCCUGCUGGUUCACAGAGAUUCUAUUUUUAGGAGUAGCUGUGAAGUUGUGUCAAAAGCAAAUUGUGCAAAGCUAAAGCAAGGAAUUGCUGUACGGUUCCAUGGAGAAGAAGGCAUGGGUCAAGGUGUUGUGCGUGAGUGGUUUGAUAUUCUGUCUAAUGAGAUAGUCAAUCCUGAUUAUGCACUGUUUACCCAGUCAGCUGAUGGAACAACUUUUCAGCCUAAUAGCAACUCCUAUGUAAAUCCUGAUCAUUUGAACUAUUUCCGAUUUGCUGGGCAGAUCUUGGGAUUAGCUUUGAACCACAGGCAGCUGGUCAACAUUUACUUCACAAGAUCAUUCUAUAAGCACAUUCUUGGUAUUCCUGUAAAUUACCAAGAUGUGGCAUCCAUUGAUCCAGAAUAUGCCAAAAAUUUGCAGUGGAUUUUAGAUAAUGACAUUAGUGAUCUGGGUCUAGAACUAACCUUUUCUGUUGAAACUGAUGUGUUUGGAGCAAUGGAAGAGGUGCCUUUGAAACCUGGGGGUGGAAGUAUUCUUGUGACACAAAAUAAUAAAGCAGAGUAUGUCCAGCUUGUUACUGAACUUCGAAUGACAAGAGCCAUUCAGCCUCAGAUCAAUGCUUUUUUACAGGGCUUUCAUAUGUUCAUUCCACCUUCCCUCAUACAGCUUUUCGAUGAAUAUGAAUUGGAGCUACUGCUUUCUGGCAUGCCAGAAAUUGAUGUGAGCGAUUGGAUAAGAAAUACAGAAUACACAAGUGGCUAUGAAAGAGAAGAUCCAGUUAUUCAGUGGUUCUGGGAAGUUGUGGAAGACAUUACUCCAGAGGAGAGAGUUCUUCUCUUGCAGUUUGUUACUGGCAGUUCCAGGGUCCCACAUGGUGGAUUUGCUAAUAUCAUGGGUGGAAGUGGAUUGCAAAACUUUACAAUUGCUGCUGUGCCAUAUACUCCAAAUCUCCUACCAACUUCAAGCACAUGCAUCAACAUGCUCAAGUUACCUGAAUACCCAAGUAAAGAAAUACUCAAGGACAGACUUCUUGUGGCGUUACAUUGUGGCAGCUAUGGUUACACAAUGGCAUAAAGAAGUCUGGAAAAUUCAUCUGAUUACUGAUGCGCAAUUCAGAGUGGCAGAAAUAAUUUAGGAAACUGUCAACAGAAAAGGAGCCUAAAUGCAGCCCUUAGGCAGGGCUGAUGUUUAAAAUUCAUAAAGGAUCACGCUUUCUACCCUCCCUUCCCGUUUGCCUUUUAUGUUUUCUGUUUGUGAUACAAUUAGAAAAUAUAAAAUAACAGUAGUCUUCAAUUUAAAAAAUGUUAAUUGAAAGUAGUAGAAAUUGUCCUUUUUCAUAUUUCUUUACUCUUAUCCAAGAUUGUGUUAAGGCCAAAUCUUAUUCUACAUUCCGCCUCUACUAUGUAACUGUCUUGUUAAAAGGGUGUUUUCUCUUUAUUUUCCUAUGUAUUAAAUUAUAUUAGGACACCCAGCCUGGUAUGUUCUGUUGCAUGUAAAGUGCCGUUUAUAUUUUGGAAAACUAUUGUAUAGAAUGGAUUAAUUUAGAUUGUGUAUAAAGCCACAAAUACGUAUUUUCCCAUAUUGAAUCUAUAUUGCAAUGAUGUUUUUUAGCUUUUUAAUAUUUUAAUAUAUAAUAUAAAGUUUAGACUGAUGUGACUAACAGCUGAUGAAAUGACAUUUAAUUUAUAUAUUAAAGCUUAUAUUGUAUGAAUUAUUUGUAUCUUUCAAUGGUCAGUUUUCCAUAUACGUAUUGUGGUUUCAAAGUUUUUCUUAUGCUCUAUUUUAAUUUAUAUUUUAGGUAAAAUUAAAUAUAAUAUUUUACCACUUUCUUUUUAUUACUUUUGUUUUAUCUGUGAGUUCUGAUAACACAUUUGAAGAAGCAGUCCAAUGUGCAGAUUACAAUUUAUGUAAUUUUUUUAUUCUUGUUUGUUUCUCAUGAUUAAAAUGUUGAGAUAAAUGACAUACCUAAUACAGAGCUUUGGGUUUUUAAAUUUUGGGGUGAUCUAAUCAGUUUUCUUUUCAAAGGACAUACUAGAGUCAUUACAGCAUACCUUUUAAGGGGAAGUAGGAACACUCACAUAUUUAGAAGUGCUAACAGAGGAACUUGUAAUGUCUAGGACUUUGCCUUUGGAAACUAAAAGUACACUCUCCAGUGGCAUCAAUGUUGGUAAAAUGAUUCAUGCAGAUUUUUUUCUAUGAGUAGCUGGUCAUAUUUUCAAUAUAUGUUGAAAGCUUGGUUACAUUAUAAAGUAGCUUCUUUAAUAUAUGUAUUUUUGGGCCUCUUUUGUUAUUGCAGGUAUAUAUAUAUUAUAUUAUAUUUCAUAUAUAUUUACUUAUAUAGAAUAUAUAUUUAUAUUAUAUAUAUUUAUAUAUUAUAUAUAUAAAAAGAAAGCAUUUCUGAACAAAUUAAUAUUAAAACUAUAGGAAUUCUUUAAAAAUGACAGCUUUAAAAUUAAGACUCAGAUGCAUGUUUAUAAUAAAUGAAGCUAAUAAUUUUUAAAAUUUGACUUUAAAAAUUCAUUUGUAUAAGAUGUUGUUGCCCUCUGAGUUUUCAAAUAGGCAGCUGACCUCUUUAAUUAACAUUGCUUAUAAUUUAAAAUUUAUAAACAUUUAUUUCAUACAUGCUUAUAAUCAUACAAUGCAUUGGGCUUUGUCAAACUGGUCCUUUUGCAAGUAUUUAUGUAGAAGAGAUAAUGAAAUACUAAAAAUUUCAUGUUAUUUUACCCCUGAAUUUGAAUUUUUUUUUUGAUACAGAUUUAGCAACUUCAGGGUUUAUUUUUUUUUAUGUUGCUUUAUUUUUUAACUAUAAGAAUGUAGUUAAUAUAAACUAUUUUAUAUGGAUUAAAAAUACUAUUUAAGCGAGAGGCAGCAAGUCUUUUUAAUAAACUCUAUUCCCACAAUUUCUUAUGUAAGUUGGUGGGAUAUAGAAUGCAAAGUAGUAUAGAAAAAUUACUAGAGAUGUUUAUCCCCUUUGGGUAAAAGGUUGUUCUCAUAGGAAAAUGACUCUGCCCUUAAAACAUAUAGUGGUUCCAUAUAAUGGAGAAAACAGAGGAAUGCCACACUCUAUAGGAAUAAAAAUGUAGGGCAAAGGACCAUAAUGUAGGAAACUGAUUAAUAAAAACAUCUGGACAAGAGUAGAAUAAACUGUUCACAUAGUUUGAGGGAACAGUGACCACGUAGUUAAUAAAAUCUUCUAGUUUGUCCAGAUAUAAAAUGUAAUCUAAGGAAAUCCCAGCUUUAAAACAGUAUGCUAAAUGCAGCCUAAAGCCAUGACAGUCUUUGUUGGUUGGAUAUGGGGACAGAAAUGAAAGCUUUAAAGUGUAGGACACAAUUUGGAGGCCCGGUAGAUGGUUUCCACUCACAGUUUUGUUUGUCGUGCCAAUUCUAAAAUUCUAAAAUGAGUUGUCAACAUUUAAAAAAUCUGGAGGUUUCAUGCAGAAGUCUAGAUUUUAGGCUUUUGAGAGACCAAGACACUAACAAUAUUGAUUCCUAGAAGGCAUAGUUGGCUGCCAUUGAGGAGAAAACACUUCUUUCAGUGACUGAAUAUUCAUGCUUUUCAGUUUACCAUCUUCUUUACCCCAUCCUGCCUCCCUCAUUUGUGGUAACUUCUUGGCCAUUGAUAGCAUUGGAAUUUGCUUUAAAGAAUCUUUUGAUCAGAAAUGUUCCCUUGGGGGGCACCUGGGUGGCACAGCGGUUAAGCGUCUGCCUUCGGCUCAGGGCGUGAUCCCGGUGUUAUGGGAUCCAGCCCCACAUCAGGCUCCUCCACUAUGAGCCUGCUUCUUCCUCUCCCACUCCCCGCUUGUGUUCCCUCUCUCACUGGCUGUCUCUAUCUCUGUCAAAUAAAUAAAUAAAAUCUUAAAAAAAAAAAAUGUUCCCUUGGAGUAUAAAUUGGUUAACAAAUUCUUUGGAAGGCAAUUUGGCAAUCUCAGAUUUUUUUAAAUGUACACAUAUUCUUUUACUCAACAAUUCUAAGAAUUUAUCUCAUGGAUAAUCUUGUUCAUGUACAUAAAGAUAUUUGUACAA